GCUUCACCGAAGAUGAUCACAUCACAAAUUGAAACACUGGUAGAUAUACACGCGAUAUGAUUUGGAGUUAUUAUACAUAGUAAACAGUGCAUUUUUAUAUGAAGAAAAAUGUGAAUUUUGUCUUCAUAACCUUCUAACGUCAUUUGCAAUGUACCUCUACCCUGGCAUGCACAGAAGUUAACAAUUCUAUGCAACUAGACAGCCGUCCAGGAACGAUGCAGUGGCUGAAAUGUGUUCUGGUGAAUAUUCAGUGUGGCUUACUGCUGUUAUCCGGGGGGUAAACUAUCAACACCACACAAAUGGUGGGCAAAGUUGAGCAACGUGUACGGCAGCAUUUGGAAUAGAGACAACAUACAUUUCAUUUAAUGGUGGUAUUUCGUAGUAAAAAAUUGAACUGUCUUUUAUGUGUGUUGAAUUAAAAUUGAUUUAUUUUGGUAAAUAUCGAAGUGACAUGUGGUAUUUUCUAGCAAAAACAACAACAAAAACAAAAACUGUUAUGUGCUAAAGUGAGCAGUUUUGGUAAAUAUCGAUGUGCCACGUGUUAUUUCAUACCAAAUAAAAACGACAACAACAGCAAAAACGAAUUGCAUUGUUGUUGUUUAUGUGUUAAAGUGAACAGUUAGGAUUUAAAGGUAUUUGAAAAUGGUGGACUUGGUUUCAUGGACUUAAAGACUGGGAGGACAAGAGAUGUAUAAGUUUUUCAGAACCGGUUGAUAUUGUUUUUACAUGGGUGAAUGGAAGCGAUCCAAAACUAAUCGACACAAUGUUACAUUAUUUACCUGAAGGAACCGAGUUAACAGCAAAACGAUUCCGUGAUUGGGGAAAUUUGAGAUAUGCUUUACGAUCAGUAGAGAGUUAUGCCGACUGGAUCAACCAUGUCUUUAUUGUAACAAAUGGCCAGGUACCAAGCUGGUUAAACACCGGGUACCAUAAAGUCUCCAUUGUGAAACAUUCGGAUAUUUUUCGAAAUUUAAGCCAUUUACCAACGUUUAAUGCCCAGGCUAUCGAGACCCAUAUUCACCGUAUACCUGGCUUGUCGAAGAGCUUUCUUUACAUGAACGAUGACUUUUUCUUUGCCCAAACAGUUGAACUCGAAGAUUUUUAUUCCAAAGAAACAGGUUUUAAAAUUAGAUUUGGUGCUGAAAGAGUUCCUGAAUACAUUGACAAGUGUAACAAAUUGACUGAACACCUAGAUGAUAUUGAGGUUGUUGGAACACAGUGUGAUAACAGCGAUUGUGAAUGGGAUGGACAAAAAUGUAUCACUGCCAAGCAGUCAACGAUCGCAUUAGCUUCACGUUACGGUUCAUUUUUUGGAAGUCUUUUUUAUACGUCAUUAACAUAUUAUAGAGCAUUUGGGCAUGCGCAAAGAGGUGUGCCCGCGCAUGCGCCAUAUAUCAUUGACAUAGAUGUAAUGAACGCUCUGCAGGACAGAUUUUCAGAAGAAUGGGAAAGGACGUCAAAGAACAGGUUUCGUGAUCCAAUCUGUUUCCAAUACAGUUUUGCAUAUUAUCAUUUUCUUAUACACUCUCAACAACAGAACAUGUGUCAGGGAGCAGGUGCACAGCCAAUAGCAACGAACCUUUACCAUUACACAGACUAUGCAUAUUUUGCAACUGGUAAUUCUACUAAAUUGGAGAAGGUUUUAACAAGCUUUUUGCGAAAAAAGAACAAAAAAUUCGUUUGCUUAAAUGAUCACAUGGGUAACAAAUAUAGUGACGCUGAGAUUGCACGUAAUGGUGACGUCAUAGCAAAGUUCUUCCAAGAAUAUUUUCCAGAACGUUCAAAAUUCGAAAUAAACUGAAAACAAAAUUAAUGUAUCAUUUUAUUACUCAGUCAAGAAUCAUUGAUUUUCAUUGGAUUGUGAAAUAUUGGUCAAUGCCCUAGUAUGUUAGCAAGCUAGAUAAAAAAAAUAUGCAUGUAAUCAUUGGAUUUAUGAAUUCAAUGUUUAGGUUAUAGGUCAUAUACAUUAGAAUUAUUUACAAAUUAAGUGCAAGGGAUCGUUAGUAUCGACAUAUUUCACUUAAUAGAUAUUGUUGCACAAUGUCAAAAUAUACAGAUAAGUGGAGUAAAAGUUUGAUAGUCCCUCGAUGAUGAUUGGAUGAAACGCACAGGAAGGGGCAGGGUGGACUAUGAAGAAAUUCACUCUGAACUUAUCCAAAUUAUCAUAAUGAUUAGUCUCUCUGUUUGUAUUAGUGCAUUGCUUGUAGUGUUGAAUCUUGAAAUAUGAAUAAGAUGUUGUCCUAUUUUUUAUCCAAUGAGAAUUUUAGAUUGCUAUACUUUGAAAAAGCGUAACUUCAAAACAUGAUAAUUUGUCAAUAUGUAACAUUUUGUACGAUUAAGGGCCUGGACUAUAGUCAUUAUUCG